AAGGCAAGCAUCGCUUUUUUAUUCUCUCCAUUAUCCCUAGAGAAAAAGGUUCUCUCAACAACAAAGAAAACCUAAAAGAGAUAAAGGAGAUCGAGAAAAUGUCUGUGACAUCUACGGUGGAAGAGAACCACCGGAAAGAUCCUUCAUCGCCGGAGAAAGCGGCGGAGAAGAGGAAACGUAAAUGGGUGUUUUGGGAAAGAAAGUGGAGGAGAUUAGAUUAUUUCAAACUUACAGCUUCAUUGUUUGUGCAUUCUAUGGCUCUUUUGGCUCCGUUUUAUUUCAGCUGGUCGGCUCUUUGGGUUACCUUUUUGUUUUAUACGAUUGGUGGUCUCGGUAUUACCGUCUCGUAUCACCGCAACUUGGCUCAUCGGAGUUUCAAAGUCCCUAAAUGGCUCGAGUAUCUCUUAGCCUAUUGUGCCCUUCUCGCUAUCCAGGGAGAUCCGAUUGAUUGGGUGAGUACUCAUCGGUAUCAUCAUCAGUUUACUGAUUCAGAACGAGAUCCACAUAGCCCGAAGGAAGGUUUUUGGUUUAGUCAUCUUCUGUGGAUUUAUGAUUCUGCAUAUCUUGUUACAAAGUGUGGAAGAAGAACAAACGUUGAGGAUUUGAAGAGGCAAUGGUUCUAUAGGUUUCUUCAAAAAACGGUGCUGUUUCACAUUCUAGGACUUGGUAUCAUUCUCUUCUAUCUUGGUGGCAUGUCCUUCGUUACUUGGGGAAUGGGGGUAGGAGCAGCACUGGAGGUGCACGUGACUUGUCUCAUAAACUCGCUUUGCCAUAUCUGGGGCACUCGAACUUGGAAGACCAAUGAUACUUCUCGUAACGUUUGGUGGUUAUCGGUGUUUUCAUUUGGAGAAAGUUGGCACAACAAUCACCAUGCGUUCGAGUCGUCGGCGAGACAGGGGCUUGAGUGGUGGCAAAUCGACAUUUCUUGGUACAUUGUCAGGUUUCUUGAGAUUAUCGGAUUAGCAUAUGACGUGAAACUGCCAACGGAAUCUCAGCGUCGUCGUAUGGCUAUUGCUCAUUGAACUGCGUGAAGAUCGCACAAACAGGGAUCUAGUCUAUGUAACUAGAAUAACUUAUAUAUCUUAAAAGAGUACUGUAUUAUUUUUUCUUUCAUUUGAAGUUUUGGUUAGCGCAAUGAACGUUUCCGAUGUGUUGGACAAAGUUAUUUAAGAUAUAAAAUCAUUAGCGGGGGAAUUAA